CUGGAGACAAGCUUAGCUGACGAAAGAAAAUUUCUGCAUUGCAGGUCCAUAGGUGAAGUGGAUUGUGUGUGAGUGAUAUUCUGUCAAAAAAGUAUAGUAGGAGACUAAAAUGAUGAGGAUGAGAGCGAUAAGAUGUCCUACCGAUGAGCUGAGUCUAAGAAAUUGCGCAGCUAUUAAUCCAUAUGAUUUUCCGAAAGAUGUCAAAUACAUAGAAGUUACUACAUUACCUAACCAAAAUUACGUUUUCACUGUGGAACCUCACGAGGAUAUUCCCCGUGGUUGCGUCGGUUUUAGUUUACCACAAAGGAAAUGGGCAGCACUUUCUGUUGAUCAGGAAAUUGAUGUUCGCCCAUACAAAUUUGACUCUUCAUCAUGUUCCGAGAUUUUAUGUACCAUUGUAUUAGAGGCAGAUUUUCUUCAAAAAACAAAGACAACUUUAGAGCCUUAUGACACAGAACAAAUGGCGAAAGAUUUCUUGUUCAAAUUUUCAGGACAAGCAUUUACAGUCGGACAACAGUUGGCUUACCAAUUUCAAGAUAAAAAGAUGCUUGGGCUAGUGGUAAAAGAUUUAGAAGCUCCUGACAUAACUGCUAUUGAAGCUGGACAAAAACCUAAGCCGAAAAAAACCAGAAUGGGUCGUUGCUUAGGCGAUACUGUUAUUCAAUUCGAAAAAGCAGAGAAUUCAAGUUUAAACCUAGUUGGAAGUGCGAAGGGAAAAAUAGUCCGUCAAUCAAUUAUUAAUCCAGAUUGGGAUUUUGCAAAAAUGGGUAUCGGUGGUCUUGAUAAAGAGUUUAGUGCUAUAUUUAGACGCGCUUUUGCUUCUCGAGUUUUUCCUCCAGAGGUUGUUAUGCAAUUAGGAUGUAAGCACGUCAAAGGUAUUUUACUUUAUGGACCUCCUGGAACAGGAAAGACUUUGAUGGCCCGACAAAUCGGAACUAUGCUAAACGCUAGAGAGCCAAAAAUUGUCAAUGGUCCUCAAAUUCUUGACAAGUACGUUGGUGAGAGUGAGGCCAACAUUCGAAGAUUAUUUGCUGAUGCAGAAGAAGAAGAAAAAAAGCUCGGUCCAAAUAGUGGCUUGCACAUAAUUAUUUUUGAUGAGAUUGAUGCUAUUUGUAAAUCUCGAGGUAGCGUUGCCGGAAAUACUGGCGUCCAUGACACGGUUGUCAAUCAGUUACUCGCAAAAAUAGAUGGUGUAGAACAGCUUAAUAAUAUUCUCGUUAUUGGUAUGACUAAUCGAAGAGACAUGAUUGAUGAAGCUUUGCUUCGACCUGGCCGAUUAGAAGUACAAAUGGAAAUUAGUUUACCCGAUGAACAUGGUAGAUUCCAAAUCCUUAAUAUUCACACAUCAAGAAUGCGUGACCAUAAAAAAAUAGCUCCAGAUGUUGACCUAAAAGAGCUUGCAACACUCACAAAAAAUUUCAGUGGAGCAGAAUUAGAAGGUUUAGUGAGAGCAGCACAGAGUACAGCCAUGAAUAAACUCAUUAAAGCCUCAAGCAAAGUCGAAGUGGAUCCUGCAGCAAUGGAAAAACUCAUGGUCAGCAGAACAGAUUUUCUACUUGCCCUGGAGAAUGAUAUUAAACCAGCAUUCGGUACAGCUGCUGAUGUUUUGGAUCAUCUGUUGACUCGAGGCAUUAUUAACUGGGGAAGACCAGUCGCAGAAAUCAUUGCUGAUGGAAAUCUAUACAUUCAAGAAGCUCGAGCAGCUGAAGGUUUUGGUCUGGUAUCAGUUUUAUUGGAAGGUCCACCUAAUAGCGGAAAAACUGCAUUGGCUGCUCAAAUUGCUAAAAAUUCAGACUUUCCAUUUGUGAAAGUUUGCACACCUGAUGAUAUGGUUGGCUAUACCGAGACUGCUAAAUGUCUCUCAAUACGUAAAAUUUUUGAUGAUGCCUAUCGUUCGCAGCUCAGUUGUAUUCUAGUCGACAAUAUUGAACGGCUGUUAGAUUACGGGCCUAUUGGUCCAAGAUAUUCCAAUCUAACACUUCAAGCACUCUUGGUAUUGCUCACAAAACAACCUCCACGUGGGAAAAAAUUGCUUGUCUUAUGUACUACUAGUCGCAGACAAGUUUUGGAUGACAUGGAAUUACUAUCAGCAUUCAGUACAAUACUCCACGUACCUAAUUUGUCAACUCCUGAUCAUUUGUUAGCAGUAUUAGAAGAUCAAGAUGUAUUUUCUAAACAAGAGUUAUCGUCUUUACAUGCAAAACUCCAAGGAAAACGAGUAUUUAUUGGUAUCAAGAAACUACUGGGCCUGAUAGAUGUGGCUCGUCAAGUCGAACCAUCUUAUCGAAUACCAAAAUUCUUGUCAAAACUUGAAGAAGAAGGUGGUUUGGAGUAAAAGGUACAUAAACAAUUUAUGUGAUACAUCAUAUUUAUUUAUUUAAUGAAACAACCUUAAAUAAUAAUAUACUGAAUUUAAAUAGGAUUUAUGUUUAUAAACAUCACAUAAUUUAGCACUUUCGAAAAUAGUAAUUAAUGUUUUGAUGUAUAUUGAACAAAAUGAAUGUUGAUUAAUCAACUGAGAAAUAUUUCAUCUUGUGAGAAGAAUUGUCAGUUUGUAGUAAUGCAUUUUGGACUUUUUAAAUGCACCUAAAUAUCCAUUAGAAUUCAUUCCAAGACGUGUUUAACGUCUGCUAUUUUAUUACAACCUUAUUAUUGAAAGGUUACCUUCUAGUAUUUGAAACCGUAUUCUAUAAUAAAUUAACAUGUUAAUUGCUGUUGUAAAAUGUUCUGAUACCUGAUAUAUUAUAAAAUGAAUCUCUAGUGGUUGAUUAAAGUGCAAUAAAGGAAUUUUAGAAAUAUUAUUAGAAAAUAAUAGUUCAGCCGAAAUCAUCGUUAGUAAACUAAACUGAAUGCAAUAAUUUUUUUGUGUAUUUAAUUAAACAAUCAAGUGUUUGCCAUCAGCAAAAAACUUUGUGUUUGAAAAGUUUAUAUAGUUUGUAUAUCUAAAAGCAAUAAAUUGGUGCACGACAAAUGGUGUUGACAGAUUUACGUAAAUCAUAAAGAAAUAAAAAAAUAGAGAAAAAUUUACUGAAAUACAUGUGGACUUGCAGAAUAAUAUUUAGAUAAUAAUUAUAAAUAAUACCGGAAAUACUUGUCAUUGUUCAUUUUGAACUAAUAUCAUUCCAGCCUAUGGGCCUAAUAUUAUUUUAAUGCAUUUAAGUAUAUGAAAUUACUUAUUUAUUGCCUUUAUGAUUUUUUAUUACGUAUAUUUAUGUUUAAUUUUGAAGACCAUAAUGAUGUUUUGUAGAUUGUUUUUGAAAUGUAAGACUAUUGUACCGUUGGAAUGACUUUAAGCAAGAGAAUAUUAAAUUAUUAUAAUGAAUUUUUUAAAUCAAUUUAAAGUUCUUUUAUUAAGAGCAAUUUAAA